GUGUGCGCGUGCGCACUGGGGCAGACCACUAAAGCCUGAGUGGCUUGGUGCGGCUGGGGCCCUGUCUGUGGGCCGGCAAUGGCGGGGGUGGUCUCGCUCUCAGGCUUGCUGGGGCUGCUACUCGUGUCUGCGCUGCCCAGGGUCCUCGGAGCCCGCGCCAGCCCCGACAUCCGGGCACACCCAGGGGACCCAGCCCAGGUCCACUCUGAGGCCACAGAACCCCGGAAGCGGCCGCCACCCAAGGACCAGCGCGAGCGGGCCCGGGCUGGGGCGCUGCCUUUGGGGGCGCUGUACACUGCGGCCGUCGUGGCUUUCGUGCUAUACAAGUGUUUGCAGGGAAAAGAGGAGGCCACAGUUCUCCAAGAGGAGGCAGGCAAGAAGCAAUCACUGCAGUUAGAGCGACAGCUGGCUCAGCUGACACAACAAGUGACCCAGACAGAGCAGCACCUGAACAAUUUGAUGGCCCAGCUGGACCCCCUUUUUGAGCGUGUGACCACUCUUGCUGGAGCCCAGCAGGAACUUCUGAACAUGAAGCUAUGGACCAUCCACCAGCUGCUACAAGAUAACAAACAAGACAAGGGCAUGGAGGUUCCAGAACCAGGUACAGGGUUGAGAGAAGCCAGCACACCCUUUCCUGAGGACUUCCUAGAGGACGAGGAGGAGACCAUAAAUGGGAGCACAGAGACAUGGAACCUAGAUACUUCCUUGGGGGUGGAGCAGGGACUAAGGAGAAGAUGCAGCAGGGCUGCAGCAAAGGGCCCCAUUCGCCCCAGUUGGGAAGGUGAGACAACAGCUGAGGGUUUAGUAAAACAAAGUCUGUUCUUGUGACUGGGUGCUCCUGUGUGCUUUUUCCCUCCUAGCUGGUUGUGCACACCCAUAAUAGGUGCGUAAGGACAUCUGGGCCUUCUUGCGAAGCUUCCCUUAUUAGGACAAAAAGAGGCUGCCUUCCACUCUGAGAGCAGAAAAGACAGAGGGAGCUCCAGUUCUUUUUCUUAUAUUCCUGAGGCCACCAGCAUGCCAGUCUUCAGGGGUUGAAAAUCCCUUUACUAAUAGCAAAGCUGAGAGAGAUUUUUCCAAGAAAAAAAAAAACACUUUACUAAGAUCCAGUGGAAAAUAAUCUAUAGAAACACAACAUAAAAAUAGCCACUUUUACAAAGUUGCAACCUUGACAAACAACUGGCCAUAGACACAGCACUGAGCUUAUCCACCCCAGAUUCCCUCAUUUGUGUUAGGGGCUGGUUCAGCAAAGGUUUAGUUGGGUCAGGCUUGGUUUCUGGAUUCUUAGGAGCUAGUCAAAUGACCCAGACAUGCUUGAUCCCAGAAAAAUACAAAAUAACUUAUGUCAAA